GCCCCGCCGUCGCAUCUGCCGGGCUGUGGGCGCCCCGAGUCUGGGCGGGGUCCCCGGUGCGCCGCCUCCUGGCGGCGUGGGCGCUGUCCUCCGGGAGGGGGCCCUGCUGCUAGCCCGGAGCCCCUUUCCCCAUGACUUCUUCGGCGGUCCCCCGGAGUCCCGCUGGGCGUGAGAUGCAGGGAGCGGCCGCCGGUGGGCCCGGGGCUGGAGGGCGCUCGGCCGCCACCCAAGCAGGUCUUGGCCUUGAGCUUCCGAGCACCUCAGGUUCAGAGCUGCACCCCACGAGCCCGUGAGGCGGUGGUCCCCGCCAUGCCUGGGUUGCCCCACGGCGCCCGGCCUCCUUCGAGGGGACUCGGAGCGGCCCGGCCCGGCUGAGGAGUAAGAGCUCGCGCUCCCCUUGCCCGGGGGCUGCAGCCCGGCCCCUCCGCGCGGGCGCUCGUAUGCUGAUCGCGGGCGCCUGGGGCCAAAUCCACCCCCUCCGAGACCCGCUCCGCUUUCUAGGAAUCUCUUUCCCAGACCUGGUGCCACCUGUUGCUGGGUCUCCCACUAAGCCUUCCAGAUCUUUGGCACAGCUUCCUUUGAACUCUUUCUCCCCGCUGCGGCUUGAGCUGGGCCUGCUAGGAGGGUUGCUCAGAAUUCUAAUGCCAGGAAGAACGCUCCGUGCCCGGAAAGCUGGAGGGAGGAGAGAGGACUUCACCUGGGAAGGAGGAGAAAGGCUUUGAGGGGAGGCAGAGUUAUUUAUGUAGACCUUGAAAGGCAAAAAGACUGGGGCCUGUGGCCCUGGAAGGGGAGAUGGGGCUCCCAGUAGAGAGAACUGAGAUCUUCAUAAACAAUGAGGGACGAGAGCAGAGGGAAGGAGGACGAGAUUCCAGACUCUAGUUCCAAACAAGGCACCUGAGAUUUCUCAUCCCCUGGGCAGCGACUGCCAGGCGCCGUUCAGCGGACACCUGGGACUUGCAGUGUUAUGUGCCCAGGGAUUUUCCUGGACGGGAUUGUGAAGUAGCCGAGUUAUACAACUGUUACAAUUAAUUUGAGAAUAUUUGCAUCAUCCUGAGAAGAAACCUUCUUUGCACAAAGAAGAAACUUAAGAAACUUACCGGCUUUGCAUGGAGAGUAGAUGGAAGGCCCCAUCAGGACAGACAAGGUCUGGUCAGGCUAGGACGCAGAGACCACUGAGAGAUGUGGUAUGGUGUGUUCCUGUGGGCACUGGUGUCUUCUCUCUUCUUUCAUGUCCCUGCUGGAUUACUGGCCCUCUUCACCCUCAGACAUCACAAAUAUGGUAGGUUCAUGUCUGUAAGCAUCCUGUUGAUGGGCAUCGUGGGACCAAUUACUGCUGGAAUCUUGACAAGUGCAGCUAUUGCUGGAGUUUACCGAGCAGCAGGGAAGGAAAUGAUACCAUUUGAAGCCCUCACUUUGGGCACUGGACAGACGUUUUGCGUCGUGGUGGUCUCCUUUUUACGGAUUUUAGCUACUCUAUAGCAUACAUCCUUAUGCUGAGAUGUUGAACUUAAACUUUAUGGAAUCCUCCAAAAGAAUACAUUAUGGAGUGUAGUGUUUUCUUAGUUCUUCAAAGGGAAGCAACUUGGAUGAACAGGAACGUGAAAGACAACACAUCUCAGCCUUUUCUUCAUUUUGAAGCUCCUAGAAUUGAAGACUUCUGUGGACUCCUAUCGUUCUCAACCAAAACAAGUCUUUUGGCUUUCUUUUUUGUAGAUAUUUAAUUUAAGCAGUUUUCACGUGUACCUUAACCCAAGCCAAGUCAACAGUGUCUCUGGGGUGGCAUCCUUUGCACUGAAAUUUACAGUAUUCUGUGACAUGUCGCAUAUUUUGAAGAAACCGUGGAAGAUACUGGUUUAUUUCAAAUGAGCAGAGUAUGUUGUAUUAAAAUCUUAUCUAAUCUUGAUUAAAAUUUGGCAAACUCUUUUCUUUGCUACAUCUUAGUGACAAUAAAUGCCAAAUAGGUUUUGGUUGAGUAUAGUUUUGAAAACAAAUUUGGUGAAAUAAAGCAGGAAAAGAAAUUUGAGUAUAACUCAAGUAGUGGCUUUGGUUCCACUGUUUAUAAAGAAAAAGUAGAUAACAAUGAAUAAUGUGACGUUUUCUGGACAACUGUCUUGACCUCUGAUUAAGAUAUUUUAAGAGAUGUGAAUUUGUUAUUUUGUAUGUUUGAUCAAAAUAAGCUAGCUAAUUUAGACUUCUUAGAUUUUCUGUACCACCUUUCCCUAUCACUUUUAAUUCUCUUAAUUUUAUUUCAUUUAAUUGGAAACAUACAUACCCUAUUAAAUGGCUUGAGUUGGAAAUUUUAAGCCAGAUUUGUUUGGACAUUGAGGCACACACAAGAUACUUUAAGCAUUCUGUCACAGUUUUUCUUAGUGACUUUGGUAUACUAAUGACCCUUGAGAAACUAUAGAAGUGCAUCUGAAACUAGAGUUAGUGGUUAUUGAUUUUUUAGCUUAAUGUGUUUAUUUAGUGGUGACUCUUCAGUCCACUUUUACAGUAUUGGGUAUCAACUCCCAGAAAGUGCCUAAAGUUUAACGUUCAGAUAUGUACCCACUCUCCCCUUUACAUUUUUAUUCAAAAGAAUUUGUAUCUUUAAAGAGAUUUAAAUAUCAAGAGUUUUUUUAAAACUUAAUUUUAGCUAUUUAAAUUUUUAUUCUACUGCUUAACUUUCUUUUUCAUUAAAAGGCCUGCAAACUGUGACUUUUUGAAAGGGAAAGAAUCGCAGAAAUUAAGUAUCUAAUGUGAUGCUUUCCACCUAAACUGUUUUGUAUGGAAUCCAAUCAGUGUGGUGGUAGUGGUGGUGGUUAUCUGCAAAAUAGUUUCUGGUGAUUAAAUCUGACUUUUUUUUUUUUUUUUUUUUUAAUAAUGAGACGGAGUCUCACUGUGUUGCCCAGGCUGGAGUGCAGUGAUGCAAUCUCAGCUCACUCCAACCUCUGCCAUCCGGGUUCAAGCGAUUCUCCUGCCUCAGUUUCCUGAGUAGCUGGGAUUGCAGGCACCUGUCACCGCGCCCAGCCAAUUUUUGUGUUUUUAGUAGAGAUGGGUUUCACCAUCUUGGCCAGGCUGGUCUUGAACUCCUGACCUCGUGAUCCACCCGCCUCAGCCUCCCAAAGUGCUGGGAUUACAGGCAUGAGCCACCGCGCCUGGCCGUAAAUCUGACAUCUUUAAAGGAAAGUUUUCAUUGUGAGAUUAAGGCUUAACAUCCCAUGAGGUCAUAUGCACAUGAACGUAUCUAUUCCAUUUAAAGCAAUACACACUCUGGCUCUUCUGAUUAAAAAUAGCCAGGAGGAGAAUCUCCGAAUCUACUGUGAUUCUGGAGUCUGCCCAAUUUGAAAAAAAAAAAAAAGAAAAGAAAAGAAAGAAAGAAAAAAGUCAGGAGGACCAAUUUGCCAGGGAAACUCAUAGAAAAGAAUUACAAAGAGAUCACAAAAAUUGGACAUAUUCUUUUGACUAAUUAGACCACUUUUGGCUGGGCGCAGUGGCUCACACCUAUAAUCCCAGCACUUUAGGAGGUCAAUGUGGGAGGAUUGCUUGAGCCUAAGAGUUCAAGACUGGCCUGGGCAACAUAGUGAGACCUCGUCUCUACUACAAAAUAAAAAAAAAUUAGCUGGGCGUGGCCUCAGCUACUCAAGAGGCUAAAGUGGGAGGAUCACUUGUGCCUGGAAGGUUCAGGCUGCUGUGAGCCGAGACCACGCCACUGAACUCCAGCUUAGGCCACAGGGCAAGACCCUGUCUUAAAAUAAUAUUAUUAAUUUUGGUAAUUAACUUAUCAGAACUAUAGUGACAUAUACACAGGCAGAAACUUCUAAGUAGAGUUGUAACGCAGCCAAAUAUUCUUACAAAUUCCCUAACAAGAAGCUCAAAUCUUUCUUAUAGGCAAAUUGUAAAAAUUCUAGUUUUUUGUUUAAAGAGCUGUGAUUUUCAAAAGUAUCCCUUCAGUUUAAGAAAUCUGGGGAAUUGAUAACUUUUCUUAUGGGAAAUGAUUGCCAUCAUCUCUACUGAAGGAUGCCUCUUACUGAAAAAUGUCUUUUGAAGGAGUUCUCGCCUAAAGCAUUCUUUGGAUAUAAUUUCAUACACUAAACAUAUGGGCCAGUAGUUAGUGGGCCCCUCCUCUUAAAUACUAACUUUUGAAGUACUGAUACAUGAUUAAAAUGUUAGAUAUUUUUCACUGGAGCUAAGAUAUAAAAUUAGAGCAUUUUGAAAGGUGUAUUUGUUUCUGUUUCUUGUUUGAUAUAUUUUGAUUAUCUACUCUUUUUAAAAAUUUCACAUAUAAAAGGUAUCUUCAAAUUACUGAGUGUUUCAUCCAUCCUAGUAGGUGAAGUAUUCUCCAGUGAAUAAAUAUAUAUAUAUAUAGACUUUAAAUAGCUUGAGCGGUGUAGCUUGAAAUGUUUUCAGGGAAAGACUAUUUGAAUCAUAAGGAAUAGCUUUGAUUUUCUUUUUUAUGUCUCAAAUAUAGAAUUAUUUGGGGGCGGUCACUCAGAUGGAAGAAUAUUGGCAAUUGCGUUGAACAUUUUACCUUAUACGGUUUUGAGAAUUUUUGCCAAAAACUAAUUUCUUGGAAAUAUCCUCCCCCAGCUAUGCUUUGGUUUUUUGGUUUUUUGGUUUUUUUGUUUUGAGACGGAGUCUUGCUUUGUCACCCAGGCUGGAGUGCUGUGGGGCAAUCUGGGCUCACUGCAAGCUCCACUUCCUGGGUUCACGCCAUUCUCCUGCCUCAGCCUCUCGAGUAGCUGGGACUACAGGCGUCCGCCACCAUGCCCCGCUAAUUUUUUGUAUUUUUAGUAGAGAUGGUGUUAGCCAGGAUGGUCUCGAUCUCCUGACCUUGUGAUCCGCCCGCCUCCACCUCCCAAAGUGCUGGGAUUAGAGGCAUGAGCCACCACGCCCGGCCAAUGCUUUGUUUUAAAAAAAAAAAAAAAAAUGCAAGAGAGGGAGGGAGGCAGCCUCCUGACCAUAAAAGCUGAUUUCUUGAUUUUUUUUUUUUUUUUGAAAUGGAGUCUUGCUCUGUCUCCAAGGCUGGAGUGUAGUGGUGUGGUCUCGGCUCACUGCAGCCUCCGUUUCCUGGGUUCAAGUGAUUCUCCUGCCUUGGCCGCUGAGUAGCUAGGAUUACUGGCACCUGCCACAAGGCCCAGCUAAUUUUUGUAUUUUUAGUAAAGACAGGGUUUCAUCAUGUUGGACAGGCUGGUCUCGAACUCCUGACUUCAAGUGAUCCACCCGCCUCGGCCUCCCAACGUGAUGGGACUACAGACAUGAGCCAUUGUGCUUGGCCUUCUUGAUUCUUGAAUAUGGGGUUUUGAGGUGAAAGCAUUUCAUGAAAACUUAAGUUCAUACACAAGAGCAUCAUGAAUAUUCUAAAAGAGGUGUCUGUGCUUUUUUUUCGGCCACAAAAUAUUACUUCUUAUGAAAUGUUUACACUAGUUGAGGAAAAGUUCAUUAAUUACCUUUAAACCGUUCCUUAUUUUUUUUAAGAUUUUAAAUUGUAUUUUGGCUUUUGCCUCCAGUAUCCUUUCUGGUUGCUCUGGUUUGAAUUAAGUUCCUAUUAUGCUGCAGCACACAUCAACCUUCCCUAAGUAACCAUUUCCUGGAAUGUGAAGCAUCGGUGCCAUUAGCAGACCAUAUGCAGAAAUGUCGUGUACUUGCAUUUCUUUUUUGUGCACUCUGUAAGGCUGGUUGUGACUAAAAUCAGCUUAACUUUUUAUAUUAUGUUAUUUCACUAACUGCUACAGUCAAAAUGAUCAAAUCUUUGUACAAUAGAAAAUUAUUUAAAUUUUAUUUUUCUACUGACAUUUCUAAUUCUAGUGUAAAUGUUUAUCAAUAAAAAAUUACUUUCAAUUCUGA